AAACACAGAGACAUUAGAUCCUCCUGUUCUCUCUGCAGAGGAGUCUUACCUGGUAAUGCUAUUUUCUGGUGAUCUCAUCGUCAGUGGGAGGUGACUGCAUACCUCCAUAGCAUGAGUUACCAUGGUAAUGUACCCAGGUAAGAAGUGAAACACAUUUGUAGUACAUAAAACCCAAUGUUAACCCCGAAGUUAUGUGAAUACCUCAAAAUGCUGCCUCACAGCACAGACCUGUGACAAGAACCAGAAGAAAUUUAAUUUUUCUCUGCAACGCGCCAACGAGUGACGUGGAGUGACGUCAUGGAUUAAACAGAAAGUAGAUCGAUGAGUGUCAGUCAGUUUUCCGCCGUUUGUACCUGCGCUAUAGAGGAUCAAACAGGUCGUGUUUUCCCGGGAUAUUUUGGACGUACCGAGUGACACUACAAUGACUCCGUUAACAUCAGCCGGUCUCUGCGUGGCUCUGCUGUUUGUCUGUGUCGUGGAUUUGGCCUCUUCAGAACAGACAACCAUCACAGCUGAGUCUGGACAGAAGAACGUCACUCUGACUUGUCGAGUUCCAUCAGACAAAACCAUCAGAGCUGUGAAGUGGAGCAGAACUGACCUGGGAGAUAAUUAUGUGCUUUUGUACCGGGACGAGCAGCUGGAUCCAGAAAACCAGCAUCCAUCUUUUAAGAACCGGGUGGACCUGCAGGACAGACAGAUGAAGGAUGGAGAAGUGUCUUUGAUUCUGAAAAAUGUGACGACUGCUGAUGAUGGAUCAUACAAUUGUAAAAUAUUCAACGGAGUGACAAAAUUAUGGGAGAGCAUCAACACUGUCAUCUUGAUUGUUCCAGGUCAGACAGGAGGAGACACAGAGGAUGGAUCUGUUGGACUGAUUGUUGGUCUGUCAGUUUCUUCUGUUCUUCUUGUUGCUGCUGUUGUUGGAUUUUUGAUCUACAGAAAACGUGAGAAAACAAAGAGUCGGGAUCCGUACCAGCCUCCUGCUGAACUGCAGCCUGUUUGAAACGUCUCAGAGUUUGUUUGUUUUUUACAGCUGAACUGUUGAUCCAGACUGUCAGUAGUGUUAUUGUUACAUGUGGAACAUUCAAGACUUCAUAAUUCAAACAAAGAAAAGUUACAAAUCUCAGAAUAAGAACAGUGAUAUUCAACAACAAAAACCAUUUUAUGUCACAAACAUCUUCUUUGUCUCUGAUGUCAACAGAAAUAAGUUUGUUCACAGUGAUGAGUUCAGCGUCGUCUCUGUCUCAAUAUCAGAAUCAGUGAGUUUGUUCCAUCUUCAGGUUCAGCUGUUUGUAAGGUCAGACUCACAGACUGAUCCUCAUGUUUAGAUGUUACACAAUAAUUACAGACACUGACUGACAACACAAACACAACACAAAGUGCUCAGGGUCCAUUUAUCAGCUAGAACUGAGUGACUGAAUAAUCUGAUAUUAUUAUGAAACCAAAGAGAAAUGUGUUACAUGGAGCUGCAGAGUCACAUGUUUCCUCCUCUGAUCUAUGAAGCCUUAACUUGUUCCUCCAUGAAGGAAACUCUUCAGUUUAAACACGUCAAGAUUAUUUGUUAUUUACUUUUUAUAUCAGUUUGUUUAUUAAUAGUUUUACACGUGUUACUCUUGAAUGUUUGUCUUUGCUUCCUGUGGCUGUAAUUUUUUUCUGAUCUGCUGUUUGAGUGUGUGCAGAUUUGAUCUCACCUUGAAUGUAACAAUGUGAACAUUUAUACAUUUAACUUGACAUUAUUACAACCUGUGAUCUGUGGAAGCUCAGUAGCUCCUCUCAGAGGUAGGAGAUAAAUGACAGAGUUGAAACCCUGGCAGUUCAUGGAAUAUCAGUAUGAGGUGUGUUACUGAGCACAACACUGUACACAGUUUUUCUGUGUUAACAUCUUUGUGCCUACCAUGUGAAACAAGCAUGUUAAAUAAGAACAUUGUGAAAUUAUUGGAAUGUUAAAGAGUUACAAGUUGAAGCUGUUCUUUUGUACUGUGAAGUGAUAAACCAUGUAUUUCAUGAUAGACUUUCUAGGCUUUAGUGCUACUAAAACAUGCUGUUCUCCUGUAAAGUGCAAGAACAGAUUCUGUUCAUAUCCACAGCAUAAACAUAAUCUCUGAAAGGUCGGUGGGUCUGUCUGUCAGUCAGUCACAGAUGGACAGUUUGAUCAUUUUAAACACACUCAAAUAACAUAUUCAUGAAAAAAGAAAGUUUUUUAAAGAGUCCUCCUCCUUCUGUAUAUUUCAGUGUUGGCUAGUCUUAUUUUGCAUGCUGAAGGUUGUUAAUUCUUUUUCAGCUUCCAAUUGUAAUCCAACCUGUGGAUUCAGUAUAGUGUGUUACAUUAUUAGGAUCAAUGAUUUUGUUUUAGCUGCCAAGUUCACAUUCAUGUCAGUGUCGAAAUGUAUUUUCUUUACAUUUGUUGUACUUCUGGAACAUCCAGGUUUUUGUUGUUUCAAACAAAGAAAAGUUAGCAAAUCUUGACAUUAAAAAAAUUGUACAAUUAUUAA